GAACUGGGAACAGGCUGAAAGACUAUAACACACACAAAACCUUGUCAGUCGGGAGUGCUAAGAUUGGCAUCGCUGUUGAAACAUUUGCACCAGUCUCUUCAGCCAUCCCACACAUAGCCAGCACAGAUAUAGAAGAUGUCAGAAAUCAAAGUUGGGCCAAUGCGUGUCCUUGUGACUGGUGGAUCUGGACUGGUGGGUAAAGCCAUUGAGCAUGUGGUGCAGCAGGAAGGUGGGAAACUGGAUGGAGAGGAAUGGAUCUUCCUCUCUUCUAAGGAAGCUGAUCUUGUAGAUAUUGGGCAGACCAGGGCGGUGUUCGAGAAGUAUCAUCCCACUCAUGUCAUCCACCUAGCGGCAAAAGUUGGAGGAAUCUAUCAACACAUGAAGGAGAACCUGCAGUUCUUGAGGGACAACAUCAAAAUCAAUGACAAUGUACUAGAUACAGCCCACAAGAUGGGUGUCACCAAGGUUGUGUCUUGCCUGUCCAGUUGUAUCUUCCCUGACAAAACCAGUUACCCCAUUGAUGAGACCAUGAUACACAAUGGACCACCUCAUGACUCCAACUUUGGAUACUCGUAUGCUAAAAGGAUGAUUGAUGUUCAGAACAGGGCAUACUUCCAGCAGUAUGGUCAUCGCUACACAGCAGUCAUCCCGACCAAUGUCUUUGGUCCCUAUGACAACUUCAACAUAGAGAAGGGGCAUGUGCUGUCAGCACUCAUUAACAAGACGUACAAAGCCAAAAACGAUGGAACACCUCUGAACGUAUGUGGCUCUGGAGCUCCUAGAAGACAGUUCAUCUAUUCUCUGGACUUGGGCCGUCUAAUCAUUUGGGUCCUGAGAAAAUAUGAAGAAACUGACCCCAUUAUCCUUUCUGUGAGUGAAGAGGAUGAAGUCUCUAUCAAAGAGGCUGUAGACAUGAUAACAAAGGCUCUGGACUUUAAAGGCGAAGUCCAUUUUGACACCAGCCUCUCUGAUGGCCAGAUGAAGAAGACAGCCAGCAAUGCCAAGCUCAGACACUACCUCCCUGACUUCACCUUUACGCCGCUUGAAGAAGCCAUAAAAAUGACCUGCGACUGGUUUGUGACCAACAAUGACAUUGCCCGAUCUUGAAGUGAUCAAACACUGAGCUGAAAUUCACACUAUGCUUUAGUUCUGGUGUCAAGCAAGUUGGUGUCACAUCGCAAUAUUUAUUCAGUGCCACAUUAACCGAUCAUAGACAUAUUCUUCAGUACAUUGAAGCCUUCUUUUAAUCUCUGGAAUUUCACAUCAGGGUUAUCACUUACACCUUUCUUAUCUAAUGUAAUGAUUUAUGAAUAAUGUAAUUCUAUCCCAAUAAAACUGAAUGAUUUAGAAUGAGAUUGAGAAAUAAAUGAUUUUCUAUACUUUUAUCUAAUGCUAUUAACAUUGCACUAUUCCACACACUAGUGUCUCAAUAAUAAAUUCACAUUUAAACCA